GAAAUUAUUAAAAAAAAUUAAAUUGUUUCUUCUUCUUCUUCUCCUUUCUCUCUCCAAUCAGUUAGGAAGAAGGUCGUGACCCACUCCGAAGGACAAAACCGAGAGACGAUCCGAGAAAUAAGGUGAAUUUGACGAGAAUCAUUAGGCUGAGAAGGAAACUCGGAGACCCAAAAUCGUAAAUCACCAAUCUUUAAUCUGUUUUUCUAAUUCAGUAGUAGUAGUUGAUGGGUGGUGGUGGGAAUCUCGUCGACGGUGUUCGUCGUUGGCUUUUUCAACGACCCUCUUCUUCCAAUAAUAAUCCUCACGAACCCAUUGUUCCAAAGUCUGAUACUUUUUCUAUUCCCCAUCAUCAAUCUGAGCUUAUCAUUACCGAAGAUCUCGAUUUCUCUGGUCUCAAGCUUAUCAAAGUUCCCAAACGUCAUCACUUACCCAUGGAUCCUCAAAAGAAGGGUGUGCAGGAAAAGGACUUCUUCACGGAGUACGGAGAAGCAAACAGGUACCAGGUUCAAGAAGUCGUUGGUAAAGGAAGCUACGGUGUUGUGGCCUCUGCUCUAGACACACACACUGGCGAAAGAGUUGCUAUCAAGAAGAUCAACGACGUCUUUGAGCAUGUCUCUGAUGCAACCAGGAUUCUCAGGGAGAUCAAGCUGCUGAGGUUGCUUAAGCAUCCGGAUGUUGUGGAGAUUAAGCAUAUUAUGCUGCCUCCUUCUCGUAGAGAGUUCAGGGAUAUUUACGUUGUGUUUGAGCUGAUGGAGUCUGAUCUUCAUCAGGUGAUUAAGGCGAAUGAUGAUUUGACUCCUGAUCAUUAUCAGUUCUUCUUGUAUCAGCUUCUCCGUGGUCUCAAAUAUGUCCACGCAGCUAAUGUGUUUCAUCGGGAUUUGAAACCAAAGAACAUUCUAGCUAAUGCUGAUUGCAAGUUGAAGAUCUGUGAUUUUGGACUCGCUCGUGUCUCUUUUAACGACGCACCAACUGCUAUAUUCUGGACUGAUUAUGUAGCUACUCGGUGGUACCGUGCCCCUGAACUCUGUGGAUCGUUUUUCUCCAAAUACACUCCUGCGAUUGAUAUAUGGAGUGUUGGUUGCAUUUUUGCGGAAAUGAUAUUGGGAAAGCCUUUGUUUCCCGGGAAGAACGUGGUGCACCAACUUGAUCUUAUGACUGACUUUCUUGGCACUCCUCCGCCUGAGUCCAUAUCAAGGAUAAGAAAUGAAAAGGCGAGGAGAUAUCUAAGCAGCAUGAGGAAGAAACAGCCGGUUCCUUUCUCUCACAAGUUCCCUAAAGCUGAUCCUUUGGCUCUCCGCCUUCUCGAACGCCUUAUUGCCUUUGAUCCUAAAGAUCGUGUCUCAGCUGAAGAUGCACUAGCUGAUCCUUAUUUCAGUGGUCUGUCAAACUCAGAGCGUGAACCAUCAACGCAGCCAAUCUCAAAGCUUGAGUUUGAUUUUGAGAGAAAGAAGUUGAACAAAGAUGACGUCAGAGAAUUAAUCUACCGAGAGAUAUUGGAGUAUCAUCCUCAGAUGCUGGAGGAGUACAAGCGCGGUGGUGAUCAGCUCAGCUUCAUGUACCCUAGUGGGGUUGAUCGGUUCAAGAGGCAGUUUGCUCACCUUGAAGAGAAUCAAGGUAAACCAGGAGCAGGGGCAGGAGGAGGAAGAAGUACUGCAAUGCAUAGACACCAUGCUUCCUUGCCAAGAGAGAGAGUUCCUGCUCAGAGUGGUCAGACUGUAGAAGAAAGCAGUGAUGUUGAGAGAAGAGCAGCAGCUGCUGUGGCUUCAACUUUGGAAUCUGAGGAAGCAGACAAUGGAGGAGGUUACAGUGCUCGUAGCCUCAUGAAGAGUUCGAGCAUCAGUGGUUCUAAAUGCAUCGGUGUCCAAUCUAAAACCGACAAAGAGGACACCAUAGCUGAGGAAGGAGAUGAUGAAUCAGUGGCGGAGCUUACUGAUAGAGUUGCUUCUCUUCGUAAUUCUUAAAACGUUUUUGUUUUUUUUUUGGCGUUUGGUGAAAGCUUUCUGGUGAAAAUUGGUUUCUACAUUUUAUUUUCACUUCUUCCACAUCUAUCUUCGUGGUUGGGUUUGAUUUGUUGGAUUUAAUAGUUUGGGGGCGAGAAUGAGACCUUUUUAAUAAGAACAUCUAUCUCCAUGUAAUUUCUUUUAUCCUUUUCUAUAAAUUGUUCUUUCAAUCUU